ACUAUAAAUGGUAGCAUGCCCGAGUGCGGGGGGCGCAGGAGGGGGGAGCAACCUCUGCUCCUCCGGGAAGCGCCGACAACUCGGAGUCAGGGCGGGACUGCCGAGCGGUACAGUCUCUCCUUCGUUAUUCCACAACACAGCACAAUGGCGGAUAAGGACAAGAAGGUAAAGAAGAAGAAGGCGAAGGAAGACGCGCCUGAAGAAUCAGCGCCCGCGGCCGCGCCCGCGCCGUCCAGCGGCAGCGACCGCCAGAGCUCGCGCGGCAGCCGCAAGGCCAAGCGCACCGGCUCCAAUGUCUUCUCCAUGUUCACCCAGAAGCAGGUCGCCGAGUUCAAGGAGGCCUUCCAGCUGAUGGACCACGACAAGGACGGCAUCAUCGGCAAGAACGACCUGCGCGCCACCUUCGACUCCCUCGGCAGGCUCGCCUCCGAAAAGGAGCUCGACGAGAUGGUGAACGAGGCCCCCGGCCCCAUCAACUUCACCCAGCUGCUGACCCUCUUCGGCGCCCGCAUGUCCGGCGGCUCCGAUGAAGACGACGUCGUCAUCAACGCCUUCAAGACCUUCGACGAGAACGGCGUCAUCGACUCGGAGCGGCUGAGGCACGCGCUCAUGACCUGGGGCGACAAGUUCUCCGCGGACGAGGUCGACGAGGCCUACGACCAGAUGGACAUCGACGACAAGGGCUUCAUCAACACCACCGCGCUCAUCACCAUGCUGACGGCCAGCGGCGAGGAGGAGGGGGAGGGCGGUGAGGCCGCGUAAUGCCGCCCCGCACACACGUCGCGCCCGCCCGGCCGGUUCCACCAACACACUCGACCACAUCUCGAAGUGAACCGAAUACAUCAUUUUAUUUCUUUAUGUAAUAAUUUAUUGUUUCCAUUUUUUUAUUUAUAAAUAAUGAAAAUAUAGUAUUACUAUUACCAACUCGUGUAGUACUGUCCCCGUCGGCGGAACCUGAUCGUUUUGUAAGAAUACUAUGUAUUCAACUAUUUUGUUGGAAUAAAGAUUUAAAGCAAGUCUGACUAAGUGAGAUGCGCCGAGACUCGGCCUUUUUAUAAA